CAGUGUAGUGUGUCAGGCCAACAGAUAUCUCACUCCUUCGAUAUCGACUGGUCUCCUUCGUUAUUACCGACUUCCGACUUCACACCCUCUGUCACAACACACUCCUUAUGAAGGAAACCCUCACGUCAUCAGCGUCAAUGUAACCAGCAAAUCGACCACCAUCUUCUUUCAAACAUGACAGCAUUCGAUCAGGACAUCGAGCUCAACGCUUACUCACACUCUCACGGACUCGGAAUCAGUGGUAAUGGUGGCGGUGGUCGACAACGCAGCAUAGCCGAGGGAAGCACCUUCACCGUCGGCGGCGUCUCCCCAUCUUUCCGGGCCAAGUCCUUUGCCGAUGCCUCACCCGGCGGCUUGAGCCAUGCCCGCUCAAAAUCUGUUGUUGGUGGUGGUGGUGGCGCGGGAGGAGGCUUCCACGGCAAGAUGAGUCGCUUCGUGGACUCCUUCCGCCGCGGCGACGGCACCAUCAACGACAACAAGCCCGACCUCGACGACGACAACAACACCAGCUCCCACGGGUAUUCUUCCCACAGCGUCUCGCGCGACCACGGCGGCACGCGGUACUAUGAUUUGCGCAAAGGUAACACCAAAACCGACAUGCCCAGCCAGCUAUAUGCUAGAGACCUCAAGGGCCGGCAUCUCCAGAUGAUUGCCAUUGGAGGGUCCAUCGGGACGGGAUUUUUCGUUGCCUCCGGGAAGGUGUUGAGCGAAGGCGGACCGGCGAGCGUGUUGAUUGGCUAUCUCAUCAUUGGUGUCUUGAUUUUUUGCACGAUACAGGCCUUGGGCGAGUUGGCCGUUAUCUUUCCCGUGGCCGGAUCGUUUUCGGCCUUCUCGACGAGGUUUCUGGAUCCGAGUUGGGGAUUUGCUAUGGGGUGGAACUAUGCUCUGCAGUGGAUCGUCGUGCUACCACUCGAGGUAUUAGCCGGCGCCAUGACGAUAGGGUACUGGAAUAACGAGCUUAACAAAGCCAUCUUUGUGACCAUGUUCCUGGUCGUCAUCUUCAUCAUCAAUCUCUUUGGCGCAAAAGGAUACGGCGAGGCAGAGUUCAUUUUCGCCAUCGUCAAAGUUACCGCUGUAGUAGGAUUCAUCCUCCUAGGCAUAGUAAUCAACAUCGGCGGCACCCCAACUGAAGGCUACAUCGGCGGCAAAUACUGGACAGACCCCGGUGCCUUCCACAACGGCUUCAAAGGUCUCUCCUCCGUUUUCGUCUCUGCCGCCUUCGCCUUUGCCGGUACCGAGCUCGUUGGCCUAGCAGCCGCCGAGACCGCCAACCCGCGCAAAUCGCUACCUACCGCCAUCAAGCAAGUUUUCUGGCGUAUCGCGCUCUUCUACAUCGUCAGCAUGACGCUCGUCGGUCUGCUAGUCCCAUACAACGAGCCUCGUCUCCUCAACGCCAAAAACGUCGCCGACGCCUCCGCCUCACCCUUCGUGAUCGCCAUCGAAUCCGCCGGCGCCACCGUCCUCCCGUCUAUCAUGAACGGCGUCAUUCUGAUCUCGGUCAUCUCAGUCGGUAACUCGGCCGUCUACGGCUCCUCGCGCACGCUGGCUGCCCUAGCCGAACUAGGCGAAGCCCCGUCCAUCCUUGCCUACGUCGACCGCCGCGGCCGUCCAGUCGUAGCUAUUAUCGUCACCAUGGCCGUCGGCCUCCUGGCCUAUCUGGCUGACGUGCCCGACCAAAGCGCCGUCUUUGACUGGCUCAUCGCCAUCUCGGGGCUCUCGUCCAUCUUCACCUGGGCAUCCACCUGCCUGGCGCACAUCCGCCUGCGCAAAGCGUGGGCGUAUAACCACCGCUCGGUGCAGGACAUCGCCUUCCGCGCUCAGGGCGGGGUGAUCGGGUCCUGGAUCGGUUUUCUCCUCAACGUUUUGGUCCUGGUCCUCCAGAUAUGGGUGGCCAUCGACCCUAUCGAUGAGGGCGAGCCGAAAAUGACGAUCAAAGAGAGGGUGAGCAGUUUCUUCUUGAGCUGCUUGGCGAUUCCGGUGGUGAUCGUGUUUACUAUUGCGCAUAAACUGUAUUAUAAGACCAAGAUGGUGAGGAUCGAGGAUAUGGAUAUUGAUACCGGCCGCAGGGAUUUUGGGCGACUGGGGAUUAUUAAGGCGCAGGAGAAGGAGGAGAGGAUGGGGUGGCCUCGGUGGAAGAGGGUUUAUCGGUUUAUGUGCUGAUUGUUUACACGGUAUUGGGGCGGGAGGAGAUG